AUGCAUGGCGGGUCCACUCCGACCUCAACUUUUAGACCGUUGAACGGACUCCUUUCCUCGAAACAGCUCGUCAUGUUCCUCGCUCUCGUGUCCACCUUCGGCCUCUUAUGUCCACUGUAUCUUAUCUACAAACCCCCUGCCGCAUUAAUACGCUUCUUUCAACGUCGCUGGCCCGACGUUUUGUUCCGUCACGUAACUGCCGAGAGAGUUGUCGCGUUGACCAUCGACGACGCCCCAUCCACGCACACGCGCGCCAUUCUCGACCUUUUAGUAUCAAAUGAUGCGAUUGCCACUUUUUUCUUGAUUGGGUCUCAGGUUUUUGGCUAUGAGGAUGUCCUCGCUGAGCUGGUGCGCGCUGGCAAUGAACUAGCCAACCACGCGAUGUACGAUGAGCCAUCGCACGAGCUAAGCGACGCGACCCUUGCGGAGCAGAUUCAUCAAGUACACGCCUUGAUUCAAGAUGCGUAUGGUGCAGCAGGACGGGUUGGACCAGAUACUUGGUUUUUCCGGCCAGGCUCGGGUUUCUUCAGCUCGCGAAUGCGACGCCUGGUCUCGCAGCUGGGGUAUCGACUCGUGCUCGGGGACGUGUAUCCCCACGAUCCACAGGUGCCGUUUGCAAGCUUGAAUGCGAGACAUAUUCUGAGCAUGGUGAAGCCGGGCAGUAUCAUCAUUUGCCACGACCGCAGAGAAUGGACCCUGCCGAUGUUACGAGAGGUGUUGCCGGAGCUCAAGCGCCGCGGAUAUCGCGUUGUCACGGUAUCAGGGCUUCUCAAGACACACUGA